AUGUCCUCCCGCAGCCCCGACCGCUCUCGGCCGAGUCGGUCCAGCCGGUCCUCCCGGCGAGACCGAUCGGUGUCGGAGUCUCGGUCGCGGUCCCCCUCGCGCCGGAGCGACCGCGACCGCGGCCGUGACCGCAAUGUCAGUCGCAGCCGCAGCCGCAGCCGCAGCCGCAGUCGCGAUCGCAGCUCUCGGAGCAGUGGGCGCCGCUCGAGCCGACGUCGGAGCGAUCGUCGGCGCUCUCGCUCCCGCUCCCGCUCCCGGUCGCUGGAUUAUUCCUCGGACGAGGACGAUCGUGACCGGCGGUCCUCUCGGAGGUCUCGGCGGUCGCGUCGCGACCGGUCACGCUCGCGCGACCGCCGGCGGUCCUCUCGGCGCAAGUCCUCCCGCCGGUCGCCUGAGCGCCGGUCCUCCUCUCGUCGCAUCGUCCUGUCGGACGACGAGUUUGACCUGGACGGUGACAGCCGCCCGGCGCCCGGGUCCGCCUCUGCCGCUCCUUCGGCAGACCUCUUUGUUUGGUCGAAGAAGAUCCAGCAUGAAAAGAAGACCCUCGGCCUGACCGCCAGCCAGAUCGCCGCUCGCAAUGAGGAGCGCCGGAACCGGUGCAUUAAAGAGGCCGCUGAGCUGCGUCUCCGUCGCCAGCAGCUGGAUGAACAGCGCGCCCUGAUGGGACAUGCAUCACUCACCGAGAAGGAGGAGGCCUUGAUGCGUGAGCAUUCGCGUAAGGAGGCCGAGUUUAACGUCCGCCAGGCACGCGCUCGUGCUGAGAUCCGCGUCCGCUCCGGCCGUGCCAAGCCCAUCGACAUCAUUGCACUUUGCCUGGACAUCCGCCCCCCCUCACGUCAUGGCGACAUGAAGAGUGACUUGGCCGCCGCCGGGGAUGCUGGCCCCGAUGGGGCCCGCUCCACUCCGCAGGAGGAGGAAGAUCCCGAGGACGGCCUGGAUGUGGAGGUUGCCAUCGACGACCCGGCCGAAGUUUUCCAGGGCCUGACCUUGGAGGAGCUGGACGAGCUGACUUCGGAAAUCCAGUUCUUCCACGAGAUCGACACCGAGCAGUUCCCCGCCUUCUGGUCGAACUUGCUGAUCAUCUGCCAGGAUGAGCGCGCAAAGCUGAUUGCCGGCUCGACGGUCAGCACGACGGUCGCCGGGGUGCAUGGCGAUGCCGCCGUCGCCAUCGAGAAGCUACUGGGUGGCAAGACCACCAAGCAGCUUGAUGAGAUCAAGCUCGAUGUCCAGCAGAAGCUGCGCUCUUCGUCGCUUGUGGACACGGACUUCUGGAACUCCGUCGCCAAGGCCAUCCACGUUUAUCGCGCUCGGGCUCGAGUGCGGGAAAUCCAUGUGGAGCAGCUGGCCCAGCGCCUGGAACGUCUGGAGCGUUUGGAGAAGCGCGGCAGCCGACGCGCCGCGGCGCCUGAGACGGACGCCUUCGGCCGAGAUGCAGCCCUGGCCCGGCCCGCGGCCGACGCCGGCGACCGGCCGGAAGAGGAGCCGGAGGAGGAGGUCUAUGGUGGCCUGGCCCCGCGUCCGGUGGUGACCGUGGCGCAGCUGAUGCAGCAGCGCCGGCAUCACGAGGAGAGCGGUGGCGACCUGGUGGAUGUCCGGCAGCUGGACGACCCGUCGGUCCCGGUCACUGGCGAGGAUUUCGAUCCAUCCGACACUGCCAUCGAAAUGUACUCCACCGAGCGCCGGAAGGGCCUCAGCGAGGACGAGCAGCUCUUCAACGAUCUCAUCAGUCUCGACACAUUGGGUGGCAGCGAUGGCAACCAGCUGUCUACCAUGCUGGCCGGGGACAAGUACCGCCCCCGGAAACCGCGGUAUUUCAAUCGCGUGCAAACCGGCUUCGACUGGAACAAGUACAACAAGACCCACUACGACCGGGACAACCCCCCGCCGAAGGUUAUCUUCGGCUACAAGUUCAACAUCUUCUACCCCGACCUCAUCGACCCCCGGGCAACGCCCACAUACACUCGUCUUCCGGAUCCCGAGGCGCCGCCUGGGCCGGACCCCCCGACGGAGAUCCUCAAGAUCAGCGCCGGGGCGCCGUACGAGGAUAUUGCCUUCCGUAUCAUGCGCAAGAAGUGGGAGAUGGCCCCGCGGAAGGGCUUCCGCUGCUCGUUCGAUCGUGGCGUUCUGCAGCUUCACUUCAACUUCCGUCGACUCCGCUAUCGGAAGUAAGCUGUCGAAGUGGCGGCGGGCCAUGCAUGGGGCAGUCAGCAUUGUCUCUUCUUCUUUUUUUUCGAUACCCCGCACGCUACACGCACUUUGGCCGGUGCCUGUGUGUCAGUGUUCUCGCGGCCCCGAUGCCAUCUCUAUAUAUAAACAUGCAUUCAUACAUCCACA